UUUACUUCAGAUUAAACAAUUGCAAUUUUCAGAAUUAUAUAAAGCCCUAGUCUCAUUGAGUAUUAUCCACAUCAAAAUUGAUAAAUCACUGCCGACUGCACCGGACUGCUAAACAAGUUUAAUUUUACAGUAGAAACACAAAAACAGAAAAGAAAAUGAAAAACCAAGUUAUUUCCAACAUUCUUCUCAUUUGUUUUUUUCUCAUUCUUGUUUUCAGUUUUGCAGAGUCUCAAUCAUGUAGGCCUAGCGGAAAAAUCCGAGGCAUAAAGCCGCCUCCGGGACAAUGCAAUCAAGAACACGAUUCUGAUUGCUGUGUACAAGGGAAAAUGUACACUACAUUCAAGUGUUCACCUCCGGUGACCGGAAAUACUAAAGCUACAAUGACAAUAAACAGUUUUGCAGCUGGCGGUGACGGCGGGGGGCCAUCAGAAUGUGAUAAUCAGUAUCAUUCAGAUGAUGAGCUGGUGGUUGCACUUUCCACAGGAUGGUUUAAUAACAAGAGUAGGUGCUUGAAAUAUGUUAAUAUCCAUGGAAAUGGAAAAAGUGUUAGGGCUAAAGUAGUUGAUGAAUGUGAUUCUACUAUGGGAUGUGAUUCUGAUCAUGAUUAUCAGCCGCCUUGUCCGAACAACAUUGUUGAUGCUUCGAAAGCUGUCUGGAGUGGCUUAGGAAUUUCCGAUCCCGAUGAUGUCGGAUCGUUGGAUAUUUCUUGGUCAGAUGCUUGAUUGAGUUAUUUAUAUAUACAUAUACAUGUGUUAUGCAAUUUACUGCUUUUCUUUAUCAGGUUGAUCUAUGUGCUCUGUAUUAUAUAAAAAAUAUCUCUCUGUAUUUGAAACUUUUUAUAUGAAAAUUUAG